AUGUUUAGCUACAUGGGCUUAAAAUGGGGAUCAGUUUAGUCUCACCAAGCCUAGUUUUGUAGAGUUACCCUUCCUACCUUGCCAGGAGCGCAAAAAGCUAAGAUAGGACAACUAGCUGUUUACGUCGAUAGCUGAUCUGUCGAUAGUUAAGAAAUGGCUAACUUAGAUCUGAAUAGCGAAGUUAGCUAGCUUUUACUUUUCUAUCUUAACCCAUGACUUAAACUGGAGGUGUACUUUCUUUUGAAUUGUCAUAUUCAGUACCUGUGCAGCUGCGGACUAUGAUUACGAAAAUGGAGAAUGCAGGAAACGCGCCAAAGAAGUUUAAGAACGCCUCCGGGGUUGUGGUUAAGAAACGCCAGCAGCGCUUCAGUUCGGACAUAGUGUUCACUGCCAAGAAUGGCAGCAUCCAGACCAUUCCCUCUCUGCAGAAGAAACUCGUUGGAAUAACAGAGUGCAUUGUUGGUCUGCAGUAUGUCUGGGAGUACAGGAGUCCGAGUAAGUCCGUGCCUCCCCACUACCAGUGUCGCCUGUGUAAGGUGCAGAAACUCCAGUUGGAGAUAUUGCCACACAUCAAGGGAUGGAAACACUCCUUCAGAUACCUGAAGCAGCACCACCCUGGCAAACUGACCUGUGAGGAAGAGGAUGCCGUGAAGGACCUGGCACUGAGGAAGACUGUCAGGGACGUGGCUAGAGAGGUGGAGAGGACAGAAGGACAAGGCAAAAUUAGGAUCGUGCUAAAGGAGCCAAGUGAGGUGGCAGCCUUUCAGGGCAUGAAUUCUGCCAAGGCCAAGCCUUUCAUGGCCCCAGGAGUAGGAGGACCAGCAGGAGGAGGACCAGGAGUUGGCCCCCGACCGCCACCGCCUGGUUUGUAUGGGUACAGUGAGUUCCCAUCUGGUGGUGGCAUGCCCGAUUAUGACAUGCGUGACAUGCAUGAUAUGCACGAUAUGCACGAUAUGCGUGACAUGCGCGACUUUCGAGACAUGCGUGACCUCCCCAUGAGCCCGCGGGGGUCGGAGAUGGGCAUGCGGCGCUACUCAGACGGCGGUCCUACGCGGCUGCCGUCUGACGGCUAUGACAUGGGGAGGCCCAGUGAGAGUCUCGGCGGGCCCUACAUGGACGACUACCGAGGGAGCCAGAGCAGCGACCUCAGUGACCUCAGUGACCCCAUGAUGAGGGGCGGCAUAAAGGAGGGAAACAGCGUCCCAGCCACUCUGCUGAAAUACCUGGACUCGUUCCGUAUCGAGAGUGAGAGUGAUGCCCAGAUUGUUCUGAAGGUCACACAGAAGCUCACGGAUAUACUGAUGGAGUAUCGCCUCCGUAGCAUCUCACCAGGCAAAAGCACACCGCCGUCUCUUGGGCCGAUGAGCUACACCAACAACAAUGACCGUUACUCCGGCAGUAUGGGCGGCCCUUCAAGGUAUUACAACUGACGUGCAGCAGACGUUGUGUGCACUGAGGAGUUAUGCAUCCCUCAUGUUCUCCACUCAUGCAACUGCUGCUGAUGAUUAUGGGCUCUGUCUGUUGGACCAAACAUAGGAUUGUUGAUAGUUUUACUUUAUUUGUAAAUGUCAUCCUCCCUUUAAUUUUAGUGUGUGUGAGUGUGAUUUUAUUGGAAGUAUGUUUUUUUGUUGGAAAAAUGAGAGAACCUCUGAUGUGUUUUGGAACAGUGUCUUGAGUUUGCAUGGUCAAGUUUUUUACACUGCUGAAUAAAGGUUUAAACUCUC